CGUUGCGCUUGGAAAUUUAAUCACGUGACGAUCUCAUAUUUGCAUAGCGCUGUAUGACUACGCUCUGCAAACAUCCACGCUUUCGUUAAUCUCAGAAGACAAACAACAUGCCGACAUCUAGUCAAGCCUUGAUAGUUAUCACAGAUGAAGGGGAUGAUCCUAGGGUACCAAGAAGACAUUAUCCAGCAACAGCCUCCAGUUAUCCUGUGUUGAAUAUUGGAAAUUCCGAUAGAACUUCUAGCAGGAGCAAGCUACCAGGAUUAAAAAAUACAGCCAAAAAAUCAGGAUUUCAGAAUCUAGUCGAUGUAAAAGGUUAUCGCGGAACCAUAUCAUAUGAUGCAACAACAAAAGCUCUACGAUGGUUGGUUGCUGCACAACAGACUCGCGGCAAUGUUCCACUGUCUCCUAAUGGCAAUGUUCUACUGGCUCCUAAUAGUAAUGUUCCACUGGUCCCUAAUGGCAAUGUUCCACUUGUUGCUAAUGCCCAGACUAUAACUGGUACCGACAAAGCAGCACCACCUUGCUAUAUAGACCACACCGAUCAAUGGACGACUUCUAGGAGCAACAAUACUUUAGAAUAUCAAGCUUCAGAUAAACGACGAGCACAGUUGGAAACCCUUGGUGUAAGAAAGAGAACUUCAGGACUUGUUGCAGGACAGAGUUCAAGAGAUAUAAUCUCAUGCUCUUCAACUGUACUUCCGAAAGGUGCAAAGUUUAUGCCAUCCCCUCCUGGUCAAAAGGCACGCCCGAUACCAGUGAGAAACUAUAGUCGAGACAACGUUGGGGAUAUGUGUGUUCAAACUGCUGUAAAUGAUAGACUGUUUCCAAAAGAAAAAAAGAAGUCUCUACUUGACGAAUUAAAAGAAGCAGUUUCAUACGACAAAAGAUUGUUUCCUUCUAUGCACAUGAGAAAUUCACUUCCUGCUCCAAGUCCCAACAGCGUUUGUUUCAGUCUCAGGAGCAAUGAGGAAUACACACACAAAGAAAUAAUUGACUUGGUUAAGAAUAAAACUGGUUUCAAACCACGCACUAUCCAGUAUGACCCAGUCGAUGUUCGCGCAGGAAACUCAGAGGUUCCAAGUAGAUGGGUUGUUGAAUUUGAAUCUGCCGCAGAAACAAAAAGCUUUCUUCAAAAUGGACUUGAAAUCUGCGGAGAGAAAGUGAUUGUAAAGUUACUAGAUGACGUACAUAAAAUGGAAUUCACAGCUUACAAACUGAAGCAGGAAGAAUUGAGAAAACUUGCUGAAAGACAAGCAAUGGCUUAUGUCCCUCGCAAAUCUCGCCGAAGCCGCACUAACACAACACAGAAAAGUGAACGAUGCAAGAUUUGAACCAUGA